UAACUGUUAGUUUUACAUUUAGGAUUCUUCAAACAAAUGAAUACUUUUUCUCAUUUACCAAUUCGCACACAUACACACACCUAGAUUCAUCCUAAGCUGAUUUGGCACUGUUGGGAGAAGUCUAGAAGUCUAGAUUUGAUAUCUGUCGACUUUAAGUUCACUUCAUGCUAGUGCUGAGUUUGCCUGAGAUUCUCCUAUCAGUAAAAAAAGGUAAAGUGUGAUGUUCAUAUUGAUUCUGUUAUCUUUAUCUCCUCUCAUACAAAAACUAGUCCUGUGUUGUUUCAUAUUAUUCUUAAGGUUACAUACAGGGUUGCUUUUCAUUCAGAAAGUCAUGAUGAAAAGAAUUGAGGUAUCAUUAUAAUUUAUAAAAAAUAUAAAUAGUUUCCAGCUUACUGGCUGAGGAAAGAAGUAAAACUUAAAAGACAGAGUCAACUGUUAGGUAUUUUCUAACAUUAUUUUUUAAACUGUUUUCUCUGUUAUAAGCUAAGAAUAGUUGUCUGAUAAGGCCAAAAGGUAAGUGACUACAAUAGAAAUGACACCCUAAAAAAAAAUCGCACCAAAUCAUGGUCACAUGAUUUGAUCUAUAUAUUUUACAAUAUCCAUUGAAAAAAGAGCUUGUUUUGCUAUUAAUUAACCUUGUUUGAAAUAUUUCUGUAAAGACAAAUGUAUCUAUACUGGCUAUUGAUAUGACAUUGAAAGAAGUUUUGAAAGCUACUCAAAUCUCUUUUACUGUUCCUCAUCUUCUCCCCACCUUUAUAUUACUCCUCAUCUAGUGACUUUAUACAUAUAGUCUUUCACUAACAGUAAUUUCCUUACUAACCACUCGUGUAAAACCAAGGGAAUGGACAUCUAUCUGCACAUGUUAAAGUUAAGAUAUCAAUUUUACUAGGCUGAAUCCAAUCACAAUCUGAAUUUGCAUGAUUCUGGCAAUAAUGAGGAGUCAACUAUGCUACUGAUGGAUGAAACUUUUUAUCAAGUUGGCCUGGCAUUAAAAUUAGGUCUGACUCGUUGAUUGAUGAUGCUGACCAAGCAUUAGUGGGUGACCAUCUUGCAAAGUAUCAGGAGCGCCAGCAGUCUCCUCUGGGGUUCUUGGCUGGUGUUAUUCAUCGUGAACGUAUCCCAGCCUUUGAACGAAUGUUAUGGAGAGUUUGCCGAGGUAAUGUUUUCCUAAAACAAGCAGAAAUAGAGCCACCUUUGGAAGAUCCUGUCACUGGAGAUCAUGUGUACAAGUCUGUGUUUAUUGUAUUUUUCCAAGGAGAUCAACUUAAGUCAAGAGUGCGAAAAAUCUGUGAAGGGUUCCGAGCCACUCUAUACCCGUGUCCGGAGACUCAAGCUGAAAGACGAGAAAUGGCUAUGGGAGUAAUAACACGAAUUGAGGAUCUCAACACAGUUCUUGGCCAGACUCAAGAUCAUCGCCACCGAGUUUUGGUAGCUGCAGCCAAGAAUAUUAAAGUGUGGUUCAUCAAAGUGAGGAAGAUCAAAGCAAUCUACCACACUUUGAAUAUGUUCAACUUGGAUGUCACACAGAAGUGUCUCAUUGCUGAAUGUUGGUGUCCAGUUGCUGAUCUUGAUCGGAUACAGCAAGCUUUACGUCGAGGAACUGAAAGAAGCGGUAGUAGUGUACCAUCUAUACUAAACCGGAUGGUUACAAAGCAAGAACCUCCUACCUAUAACCGUACUAACAAAUUCACUGAAGCAUUCCAAGCUAUAGUAGAUGCUUAUGGAGUAGCAUCAUACAGAGAGGUUAACCCUGCUCCCUUUACAAUUAUAACAUUCCCCUUUUUAUUUGCUGUGAUGUUCGGAGAUGCUGGACAUGGCUUCUUGAUGACCCUCUUUGCAGUUUGGAUGAUUGUGAGGGAAAAAGUAUUAUCAACCAAAAAAGGGGAUAAUGAGAUUUGGAAUACCACAUUUGGUGGGCGCUAUAUAAUUCUACUUAUGGGAAUUUUUUCCAUAUAUACUGGUCUCUUGUAUAAUGAUGUAUUUUCGAAAUCUCUCAAUAUAUUUGGAUCAUCAUGGUAUACUAACAAAACUGUGCCUAAAGGAAGCAGUAUCAUAUUCAAUCCUGGGACCAUGUAUAGCUCCACGCCUUAUCCAAUUGGUUUGGAUCCUGCUUGGCAGUUCUCUCAGAACAAAAUCACUUUCACUAAUUCUUUCAAGAUGAAAACUUCUAUUAUACUUGGUGUGUCUCAAAUGAUGUUUGGUGUUUUCCUGAGUUUAUCAAACCACAGAUAUUUCCAGAAACCAUUGAAUGUAUUUUGUGAGUUCAUUCCUCAAAUUAUAUUCCUCUCUUGUUUGUUUGGUUAUCUGGUCAUUUUGAUUUUUGUGAAGUGGACACAUUUUGAUUACUCAAAUGCCGGUACAGCACCAAGUUUACUUAUAGGUUUAAUUAAUAUGUUCCUUUUUAAAUAUCCGGAUACUCCUUUAUAUGAGAAACCAUUUUACUCUGGUCAGCCUGGUUUCCAAGGAUUUUUAGUGGUGGUAGCUUUUCUUUGCGUGCCAUGGAUGUUGUUGGUAAAACCUUAUCUGCUUAAAAAGAAGCACAUGGCACAACAGCAGACCCCUCAAAGUAGCAAUAGACUACUACAGCAAAAUGGUAGCCCCCACCAUCCUGAUAACUCUUCCACAGGGAUGAUGCAGUCACCACCACCUCCGCCACACCUUCAACAACAGCAGCAGCUGCAGGAGGAGGAGCAAGCGGAGGUUAUACACUUUGAUGUAACUCAGUCCCAGUCUUUUGGUGAUGAAAUUGAAACGAAGGACUUUGAUUUUGCUGAUACUCUGAUUCAUCAAGCUAUCCAUACCAUUGAAUAUUCUUUAAGUUGUAUUUCAAAUACAGCUUCCUAUCUUCGACUCUGGGCACUGAGCUUAGCUCAUGCACAGUUGUCUGAAGUAUUAUGGACAAUGGUGAUGAGAAAAGCUUUAAGCCAGUCAGGUUAUGGUGGAGUUAUUAUGACGUUUAUGAUAUUUCCAUUAUGGGCAGUUCUCACUGUAGCAGUUUUAUUGGUGAUGGAAGGGUUAUCAGCCUUCCUUCAUGCACUUCGAUUACAUUGGGUUGAAUUCCAGAACAAAUUUUAUCAAGGCUCUGGAUAUCUGUUUCAGCCAUUCUCCUUUGAACACAUUUUGGAUUAUGGAGGUGAUGAAUGAGCUAUUACUAUUGUAGUGCUGGGCCUUGUAUCGUCGUCACAGAUCCAGUAGUUGAUAUGCUGCUACUAAAAUUAGUAACAUACCCUCAUGAAUUGUUGUUGUUGCCAUUGUUGUUAUUCUUUCUCUUUUUUGGUUACAGUCAUUCUUUCACUGCUGCAUUUAAACAGUCACAGUAAAAAAAAAUACUGAUCUGAUGUUUUCCCCUUAGAUAUUUAUUCAAUUAACAUUAUUAAUUUGGGAUUUUCAUUAGUGAUCAAAUGUUUUAGAAAUGAAUUUGUUUUCUUUUUUCUUAACUCUUCACACCCGUAAAUUAUGAGAAAAUACUUUAAUUUCCAGAAUAUUUUUCAUUAAUAUAGUUGUUAAUAAUGAUGCAAAGGUCGGUAGUUGGCAGAAUGAUGAACAAGAUAAUUGUGUUAUUUAGUUGUUACCUCCAUGGAGGUGACUGCUUUUCCUCCUGGAGAUGACUACUUUUCAUUUUUCUUGGACAGUAAUGUUUCAACAGUAAUCCUAAACAUUUGACAUUGAUCUCUUAGUCUACUAAAAAAUAUUUUUAAUGUAUUAGUCUGAAUAAACUAUGUGUAAUACAAGUAAAUUUUC